CGCAGCCUCGCAUUUGAAGAAACCCAAUGGCACCAAGUGCCUAAUCCACCCGAGAACCUAGGUCUGACUUCUGCAGAGCAGCGCUUCUGCCAGGGUCUUUAACCACAUUGGCUCAGGCUUCCGGAAGGGGUGGGGCUUGGAAUAGCUGCAGUGAACGGAAGUGGUGUCUUCUACGGACUACGCGAAACAUGCCAAAAGCUGGCGCUAGGGCUAGGUCCCAAGGUUCCCACGGAGCCAUGCAGAGCGGGAGCGUGGCAGACGACCAGCAGAAGGACACGUCUGACAUGUCCUUUGAGGAGCUGCUGGAGUUGCAGAGCCGAGGGGGACCCAGGGCGUGCAAACAGUUGGCUGGGAGAAGCACUCCGAAGCAAAGCCCCAGACAGCCUGUGUGUGUUGCUGAUAAGCACCGGCCUCUGGAAAUGUCAGCCAAAGUCCGAGUGCCAUUCUUACGCCAGGUUGUUCCCAUCAGUAAAAAGGUAGCCCGGGACCCCCGCUUUGAUGAUCUGUCAGGGGAAUAUAACCCUGAGAUAUUUGACAAGACUUACCAAUUCCUGAACGAUAUCCGAGCCAAGGAGAAAGUGCUUGUGAAAAAGCAGUUGAAGAAGCGCCGAUCAGGGGAGGAGCGUGAGAAGCUGCAGCAGCUGCUUCGGCGAAUGGAACAGCAAGAGAUGGCACAGCAGGAGCGAAAGCAGCAGCAGGAGCAGCGCCUGGCCUUGAAGCAGGAGCGGCGGGCUCUGGCACAGCAGGGCCACCGGCCAUACUUCCUGAAGAAAUCUGAGCAGCGCCAGUUGGCCCUAGCUGAGAAGUUUAAGGAGCUGAAACGCAGCAAGAAGCUGGAGAGUUUCCUGAGCCGAAAGAGGCGUCGAAACGCGGGCAAGGACAGGAAGCAUCUCCCUUUGAGCAAUUAGUACUAAGGAACUGUCCCAGGGAGACCUGGGGCUAUGGUACAAGGCUGGGGUUGGCCAGUUCUGGUUCCUCCCUGGUGAAAGGCAAGCAUCACACUCCCCCUGAACUGAGCCACCUCAGAGGACUGGCGUGCUGUGCCCCUGGGUGUGCUAGGGCUGUCCAGCCACAGAAGCCACCUCAGAGGACUGGCGUGCUGUGCCCCUGGGUAUGCUAGGGCUGUCCAGCCACAGAAGCCACCUCAGAGGACUGGCGUGCUGUGACCCUGGGUGUGCUAGGGCUGUCCAGCCACAGAAGCCCAGCCUUCCGUCAUGUCACAGUGCCUCCUCAGACUCCUUCAUCACGAUCUCAUGUUCUCCUUCCAUUCUUUCCUUAUGACAUGGGGUACACGUUCAUGGCUCCAGGGAAGGGACUUCACAGAAGAGCCACUUUGACAACAUGCUUGUUACUCAUU